AUGUCUGACCCAAUAUCCAGCUCUGCACCUGAAGACGAAGUGGAAUACAACAAUGAGGACACCACCAGUAGUAGCAUUCUAACCAGGCAGCUGGCUGCACAAUAUCCAGAAUACGAAAAUUAUCCCUCCCAACCCCAAUACCCUUCCGGCAAUGACGUUAUUGAUCGAUCCAGUCAACACGAUACGGAAAAGGUCGUUGAAGUAUCUCCAAAUGGCCGAUAUGCUCGUUUGAACACUGUGCUAGGCAAAGGUGCAUACAAGAUUGUAUACAAGGCUAUCGAUCGAGAUGAGGGAUAUGAGAUUGCAUGGAAUGUCUUGCAGAUCUCUAGGCAAGAAUUUAAGGAUUUGGGCCAUGAAAUCGAUAUUCUCAAAUCCGUUCGUCAUCCUAAUAUCAUUACUUUCCACGAUGCCUGGCACAAUGACUCGGAAUUCAUAUUUAUUACUGAACUUAUGACUUCGGGAACAUUACGUGAAUACAUUCGCAAACUAUCGUUGCCUAAUAUCAAGAUCAUUAAACGAUGGUCGCGCCAAAUUUUGAAGGGCUUAGCCUACCUACAUAGCCACGAACCACCUAUCAUUCAUCGAGAUCUCAAAUGCGACAACAUCUUCAUCAAUGGCGCUCACGGAGAAGUCAAAAUCGGUGAUUUAGGGACUGCGCAACGCACAUCCCCGUUGAUGAGCACUGCCAAACGUUACACGGUGAUCGGCACGCCUGAAUUCAUGGCCCCAGAAAUGUACGAGGAAAGAGGCUAUAAUGAUAAGGUGGAUAUCUAUGCUUUUGGUAUGUGUCUCUUGGAAAUGGCCACAGGGGAAUACCCUUAUGCCGAAUGCAAAAACGCUGCUCAAGUGUUCAAGAAAGUCACACAAAACAUCAAACCUGAAAGUUUGUCCAAAGUACAAAACCCCGAAGUACUUGCUUUAAUCAAUAGUUGUCUUGCCAGUGAACAUGAGAGAAUGUCAGCCCAAGAAAUUCUGGAACAUUCAUUUCUCGCCGUUGAACCAGAAGUGGUUUUGCUCGCCACUGACGCAACCAAAAAACAGUUGACGCUACAAGUUGUUUUCAAAGGCAUGGAUCGCCUCUCUGUGAAAUUUGAAUUUAAUAGCGACACGGAUACCGCUGAAGAGGUUGUCAAUGAAAUGAUUGAGGAACAAGUCCUCCCAGAUCGAUAUCAACAGCUCAUCACGAACGAAAUUAACCGUAUUCUACGAGAUAUGAACAAAGAACCUGGUGAUGAAAAUAAGGAAGAAGAUCGCAUGGUAUGGAGACGCGAAAAUGAUAUUCGUUCGGAACUAGAGCGAGCUAGGCAAGAGCUAGUCAUGGCCACGGACCGAGCUCAUGAAGCCGAGAAACUUUGUAUGACGUUUGAACAGCGAGUGCAACUUGCUGAAGAACGAUAUAUCGAUUUUAUGGAGAAACGAGAAGCAGAACAUGAAACAUUAGCUCCUCCAGUAGAGUCGUCAUCGUCAUCUACCCAUAUGGAUGACGAUCGGAUAUGGGAAUCGUCUGGCCGCACAUCUCAUUCUGCUUUGAUGGCCCAUGUUCUGUCUGGUAACUGGCUAGUGAUUAACCAUAAUGAAACGACUUGCCUUACAGAGUAUGACGAUGACACAAGUAUUGAGAAAUUUGUCAAUGAUACGGCGAUCGCUACCAAUCGAGAGCGGAAAACGGUGGAGUGGGCAGCCAAGUUACGAGCCCAGGAUAUUAUGACGGUUGGCGAUUUACGAGACUUACACGACGAAGACUGGAGUGGUAUUGGAUUGACGGUGUUUGCUCUACGUGCUCUUAAAAACAUGCUUCGCCAUAGUAAGAAACGCCCAGACGACCAUAACACCUUGUAA